GAAGUGGCUGACACACCAGCCCCGACUGCAAUGACAGAGGCUGCGCAGGACACAGUCGAAGACCCCAAUCAUCUGAGUGCCAAAGGCAUGGAAAUGAGUGUCGAAGACCCCAACCAUCCGAGUGCCGAGGGCAUGGAAAUGAAUGUUGAAGACCACAAGCCUCUCGGUGCCGAGGGCAUGGAAAUGAGCGUCGAAGACCCCAACCUUCCGAGUGCUGAGGGUGUGGAAAUGAGCGUCGAAGACCCCAACCGUCCGAGUGCCGAGGGUGUGGAAAUGAGCGUCGAAGACCCCAACCGUCCGAGUGCCCAGGGUGUGGAAAUGAUUGUCGAAUACCCCACCGGUCCAAGUGCCGAGGCCAUAAAAAUGAGCGUUGAAGACACCAACCGUCCGAGUGCUGAGGGCAUGGAAAUGAGCGUCGAAGACCCCAACCGUCCGAGUGGUGAGGGCUUGGAAAUGAGCAUUGAAGACCCCAAGCAUCUGAGUGCUGAGGGCAUGGAAAUGAGCGUCAAAGAUCCCAAGCGUCUAAGUGCCGAGGGCAUGGAAAUGAGUGUCGAAGACCCCAACCGUCUGAGUGCUGAGGGCAAGGAAAUGAGCACUGGAGACCCCAAACGUCUGAGUGCCGAGAGCUUGGAAAUGAGUGGAACUAAGAGGGUAAUGCUGAAGCCAGACGACACAACCACUGAGACUUGGUGUCUUUUUCCAGCCAUUCGAGGAAGAAAAGGGCAACAGACAAAAGAGACACAAUGUCAACGGGCAUGAAAACCUAGGGAACACACGUGUACACUAAAUGCGUGUGAUGGCACGUGAGAAGACACACUUACUGUGCAGUACAUCUGGAAGCCAGCAAACCACUCAGAGAAAAUUUACAAAGUGAACAAAAGUCAGCACAAUUUCAACCGUUGUUCUUAUCGUCACAAAGUGAAUGGCGCAGCGCCACGUGCUUGAAAAUCUAAUCAAUCAGAAGAGAGAUAGCAUCAGGGGUAGGAUACAAAGAGAAUAUUACAUUUGGUGUUUUAACGCACGACUGACCUGAUCUUGAUGUGGAAGUGGCCUUUGAAUACUGCAGAUACAAUCUAUGCAACAAAAUCUAACUAUUAGUAUUACCUUUCGGGUAACAUUAGGUUGAACAGAUUUUUAUUUUCUCUUAUUUUCCUUUGGUGUGUUUUUUUUUUUUUCAAACCUUUAUACGUAUCUUAAGUAGGGGUGUGCAGCUCCCCAAUUAAAGAUUAUUUGAUACGAAUCUCGAGAGAGAGGUACAAUUUCUAAAUGGAGCGAUUCUAUUUGAGAUUAUGAUUGGAUUCCAAGCCCUCUAAAUCGCAAACUAUUCAAGGAAAGAAAUUCAAAGAAACAACAAAUCACGAGCAACAUCAACCCGAUGUACUGCAUAAUCUUUUGAUGGUGUCAUUGGCUGGUUUCAAAGCUAAAUUGAGGCCCGAGCCAUUCAUUCGUGUCACGAUUCAGUUCGAUUAAAUCCAAACCUAUUUUUCGAUUCAAGUCUGUUUUUGUUACGCUGCUCGUUGUAAGGUUUUAUAAAUAAUUGGAUAAAAUAACCACUGCUUCUCUGGGAUCAAUAAAAUACAAUUAUUGGUAACCAAAAUAUAUGUAAUGGUACUGUCAUUUAUGUGAUCUUUUCAAUAUUUAAACUCCCUAUGUGGCCGCUAGGCCUUCUAAUAAGUCACUGGCUGUAACCUUAAAAGCCAUUCGUGAUGCACUCUGACGACAAUAUUCGCCAAAUUAGUCUCCCAAAAAGUUUUGGCUUUCAAUGUACAGAAGAGGAUUAGGGCCAAUGAAGAAAAAAAAAACAAGGUUGGCAAGAUUCUCACUUUUAUAUCAGAAUUCUGACUUU